AUGGCAUCCACACCUAGACAUCCAGAUACCCUAGAGGAAAAGAAUGACAAUAGCAGCUGGGGCAGUGGUAGCACCUCUGGAUUUAUUCUCUUGGGACUAUCCUCCAACCCUCAGUUACAGAAGCCACUCUUCACCAUAUUCCUCACCAUGUACCUAGUCACCCUCCUCGGAAAUUUGCUUAUCAUUCUAGCCAUCCGCUCAGACUCAAGGCUUCAUACCCCAAUGUAUUUCUUCCUAAGCAUCUUGUCUUUCACUGAUAUCUGCUUCACCUCUGACAUUGUUCCCAACAUGUUGGUGAAUUUCCUGUCAGAGACAAAGGCCAUCUCCUACAUAGGCUGUCUAGUGCAGAUGUACUUUUUCAUGGCCUUUGGAAACACAGAUAGCUAUCUUCUAGCGUCCAUGGCUAUUGACCGCUUGGUAGCCAUCUGUAAUCCCUUACACUAUGCCAUGGUCAUGAGUCACAGGCUUUGUGUCAUUUUGGCAGUGGCUUCCUGUGUGAUCUCACAUCUCCACGCUCUCCUACGUGUGCUUCUCAUGUCCCGUCUGUCUUUCUGCGCCUCCCACGUCAUCAAACACUUCUUCUGUGACACCCAGCCAGUGCUGAAGCUUUCUUGUUCUGACACCUCUUCUAGUCAGGUUGUGGUCAUGACAGAGACAUUGGCUGUUAUUGUGACCCCCUUCUUAUGCAUAAUCUUCUCCUAUCUUCGGAUCAUUGUUGCCAUCCUCAAAGUCCCCUCGGCAUCAGGAAAAUGGAAGACCUUCUCCACUUGUGGCUCCCACCUCACCAUUGUGGUACUCUUUUAUGGAAGUAUUAUCUAUGUCUAUUUCCGGCCCCUGUCCAGCUACUCUGUGGUCAAAGAUCGAGUGGCCACAGUCAUGUACACAGUGGUCACCCCCAUGUUGAAUCCCUUUAUCUAUAGCCUUAGGAACAAGGACAUGAAACAGGGCCUGGGAAAGUUGAGGGAUAGAAUCAAGUUUUAGAAAUCAUAGAUUCAUGGCAGCAGAGACUCCCAGAAUGCUAGAAGUAGAGGGACUUUUAGAACAUAAGAAUGCUAGAGUGAGAAGGAAACUUAGAAUAGAAAAUAUUGUAAUGUGGAACACAGAGUGUAACAACUGAAAGAGAUCUUAGAGAUCAUCUAAGUCCAAUUGUCUCAUUUUACAGAUGAGGGGGUUGAAGCCUAGAGGGAGAAGGUGACUUUUGAUCAUCACAGAACUAGUUAUUGUUUUAUGGUGGAAAAAGCAGAAGUACACAAAGGAGGAUUAAGACUAAGAAAGAGUUCCAUGAAUUUGAGGAAAGUGUGCGUGAUGGGUAAAUACCAAAGACAAACUGCCAAAUUCACAAAUGUGCCAAAGGUCAGCUCUAAUUUCAUCAAUUCAUUUACUUCACAUACAUUAGUUAGCACUUGUUUCUUGCAAGGCACUCAUCUAAGAAAAACUAUAACCAAGGGUAGGACAACCUGGGCUUUGUCCCAUGGCACUAAAAUUUAAAUAGUUUUGAUAGCAUUUAUCCCCCAUCACAUAGUUAGCAAGAAUAAUUAGUUAAAAUAGGAAGCUACAAAAUGACACUUUUCUUCCCCAGUGCUUGUGAACUCUGGCCUGGUCCCACCCUGAUCCCUUCAUUAAGCCCCAUGGGCCCGUGCUGGAGGUAGCAUGACAUACUAAGUAGAGAGCUGUCCUUUAAGAUAGGACAACCUUAUUAAAGGCUAGCCUCUGACACAUACUGGCUGUGUGACUCUGGACAGCUCAUUUAAUUCCUCAGUACACUAAGCAAACCUUUAAGACUAUAAAUUGCCGAGAAAGAGCUGACCCACAUUGAUAGAGGGAGUUUCCUCACCUAGGAGUUACCUAUACAAAUGAAAUCAUAGGUCUAGUUCCUACACGUUUCCCAUUAUGCUACUUUCUCUGGCUGUGUCUUGUAGUGCUCAGUUGGCUUCAGAAUUAUCCAUUUCAGCUCUAGAGCACAGUGUUCCCUGUCAGGACCAUGAUCCUCUCUUCCCCUUAAGCUACUCUAUGAGGAGAGGGUCUAGACCAUAUAAGGUGUGUAUGGUAAUCUAGGGAAAAUCCUCCAUCUGCUAUGAAGAUGAUCAUCUGACUCAAAGAAAUCAAAGUUGUUCUCCAAAACUCUCAAGAGACAAAGCCCCUUUUAGGAUGGGGCAAAUUACCCAUAAUAGCAAGAAGAGAAGACCUUACAAAAGAUGAGAGCUAUCUCAUUAAACAGGUACUCUUCUUCAGGAGACUGUUAGUGCAACAUGCCCCUCAAAGAGCUUACUGUUGUGGCUUUUGAUCCCAUUUGUAUUGCCAUUCUGUUUAUUUUAACAUGCCCCCAGAUGAUCAGACAUUUUAUUUGCUCACUCAUAUACCAAGGAGGUACACCUGUGGAAAAUGUUCUGUUUAUUUGGUAGCUCUCAAAGGAAGCUACCAUUAAGUCAACACAAUGACCAACCAAGAUUCCAGAAGACUGGUGACAAAGCAUUCUCUUAACAUAGAAAAAAUGGAUGGAGUACAGAAUAAGACAUGUUUAUUUUUGGACUGGCCUGUUUAGGAAUUGGUUUUGCUUGAUUAUGCAUACAUAUCUGUUACAUAUAUUUGGGUUGUUUUUUUAUUUUUUUAAUUAAUUGGAGCAUGGGAGGGAAAUAAAUCCUUGCUAUCUGAAGGAAAAUUUAAGCUUACCAUUUGGGGGAGUCUAAACUAAAGAAUUUUGUUGCCAAUUUUUGUGUUAGUCUAUUUUUAAGGUGUUAUUUUCUUCAUUAUUUUAUGGAUCUCCUUCAGCAAGUUGUUGACUUGUUUUUCAUGAUUUUCUUGCAUCACUCUCAUUUCUCUUAACAAUUUUUCUUCCCCUUGUCUUACUUGAUUUUCCAAAUCCUUUUUGAGCUCUUCUAUGGCCUGAGACCAAUUUAUAUUUUUAGAGGCUUUUGAUGUGGGCUCUUUAACUUUGUUGACUUCUGGCUGUAUGUUUUGAUCUUUUUUGUCACCAUAAAAAGAUUCUAU